AUGGGUCAGUGUAAUGGAAAAUUCAAUGAACCAUUUAACCUGUCGGUGGCCUUGGCCUCGGCAUGCCUUGUUACGGACGAGUUGGCUUCCAGGUGUACGGGGGCUCACACUGCCAUCGAGGCAAGCUCCCUGGGAGAAUGCCGGUUAAUUGUUGCAGGAAGCGAGCAGCAGCAAAAAAAAUUCUUAGGAAGAACGACAGAGGAACCCGAGAUGUGUGCUUAUUGUGUAGCAGAGCCUGGAGCAGGCUCUGAUGUGGCUGGUAUAAAACCAAAAGCUGAGGAGAAAGGAGAUGAGUAUGUUAUUAAUGGUCAGAUGUGGGUCACGAACGGUGGGAAAGCAAACUGGUAUUUUUUGCUAAGUGGUACCAACCCAGAUCCAAGAGCUCCUGCAAGCAAAGCCUUCACUGGAUUCAUUGGGGCAGCAAAUAGCCCUGGAAUCCAAAUUGGAAGAAAGGACAUGAGUAUGGGUCAGCGCUGCUCGGAUGCAAGAGGUGUUGGCUUGGAAGAUGUGAGAGUUCCGAAAGAAAAUGUGUUAAUAGCGGAGGGAGCUGGCUUUAAAAUCGCAAUGGGAGCUGUCGAGAAGAGCAGACCACCCGUAACAGCUGAUGCUGUUGGGUUACCAAGGAGAGCACUCGAUGAAGCUACUCAAUAUGCUUUGGAGAGAAAAAAUUGUUGA